AUGUCGUGGAAGGAAAGUUGUUCCUGUGCCUUAACAGACCACGGUUAUCGACCAGAAAUUCGUCACAUGGUCGUUGGGUACAUCAGGGUGAUUUUGGUUGGAUCGUCUGGCCUGUACCACCGAUGUAUCUGUUUCGUAGAUAUGCAUACGAAGUUGCUAUCGCUUUGGUUGGACAUUGGUACCGCCACGGGUGGAUCUCGGCUUCAACACGAAUAUACUCACGACGACUAUGUUUAUGCCGUGCUAUCAGCAAACGUUGUCAACUUUACCAUCGUCGAUAAAAACCAAUACGUCGAAAUUACAUUGUUAGUAGAAGGCGUAGGUCUCACGAAAGAUGUAAUGGUGCGUACGACUUCAGCUUUUAAGGGGCGUGGAUCAUUAUGCUUCACAGAUCAACAAUAUAAGUAUGCCGACUCCGAGAGAAACUCGUUUGAAAUAUUGCAAGCAAAUGGUACACGAAUGUAUUUAACCAACAAGUUGAAGAUCGAUGAAAAUGUCGUGGAAGGAAAGUUGUUCCUGUGCCUUAACAGACCACGGUUAUCGACCAGAAAUUCGUCACAUGGUCGUUGGGUACAUCAGGGUGAUUUUGGUUGGAUCGUCUGGCCUGUACCACCGAUGUAUCUGUUUCGUAGAUAUGCAUACGAAGUCACCGAACCUGCAAGUGAAUCUAACUCAUUUGAGACAACAACAAGCGACUAUGGAAAAAAAUACAAACAUCGCGGUAACAAGUUACAUUUUUUAAAUGACACGGCUUGGUCCUAUACAAAAACGAACCGGACGAACACUUUAGUCACCGGUAAUGGCCUCAGGUGCAAAUUCCUCGUCAAAGCCGUUAAAAAGCCAAACUUAUUGGACGACUACAGCAAGACGGAACCCUCAAACCUUCAGCGUGAAACAGUUUAUUUAUGUGAGCACUAGUCGGCCGUAGCGGAUAAAUACAGAAAAAGCGAUAAUAGAUAACGCCGAAAAAAUUGAGUAAUGCUAAUUAUGCCUGUACUCGAAUUGCACCCAAAUUUAGUUGUUUGAGAGGGUACCUGAAGUCGCACAUAUCACCUAAAUUUUUUUUAGAAAUUAUAUUCACUAUUAAACUAUAUGCACGAGUAUU